GAAAUUGAUUUUUCUCCUGUUUCUAGGGUUAGGUUUUCAAUUUUAAAAUUUUAAUCUCUUCUCCCUCCUUGCACCCAAAAGUAACUUCCUUUUCUCUUUCCUAAGCAUUUCCGAAGGUUGAAUGGGGAAGAAGAAAUCUAAAGAACGAGAGCCCGGCCAAGGAGGUGACCCUGCAUCGUCUCAAUCGGAUAUCUUUAAGACACUGUUCGGCGACGUUGAGGAGCAAAAUACCGUUGCUUCAUCCCUCUUCUCCGAUAGUAAUCCCUUCAGGAGAAAGCCUCAUGAAGAAGCUCUAGGCUCUGGUUCGACUGAAUUCACCAAAGUGCCUAACACAACGGGCUCUGAUACCGUAGAGUUAAAGCAGAGGAAGAGAAAGAAAGGAAUUGCAGAAAGCCCUGCCUCUGAUUCCAUUGAAGUGGCUGCAGAGAUUGAGACUCCCUUGGUAGCCAAGAAAUCAAAGAAGAAGAAGACUUUGGAUUCGAAAUCCAAGAGGGAAACCCGAAAGCUUAGUGCUAACCUUGAGCCUAACGGGGAGUUGGAAAGGAAAGAGAAAGGGGGGAAAUCAAGUUCGGAUUUUGAUGCAAAAAAUGUGAAGAAAUAUGGGACGGCGCCAGCAGAGGAUGAAGGAGGACUUGGAGGGAAAGUUGCAGGAAAGAAGAGGAAGAAGGCAGAUGAUGAUGGGGUGGAUAUGUUGGUUCCUAAGGAAGGGUUCGAUGAUGAGAAUAAGCUUUUAAGGACCGUAUUUGUAGGGAAUUUACAUCUGAAAGUGAAAAAGAAGAUGUUGAUGAAGGAAUUCAGUAAAUUUGGUGAGGUUGAGUCUGUGAGGAUUCGGUCCGUUCCACUCAGUGAUACCAAGAAGCCAAGAAAGGGAGCUAUAAUACAGAAGAAAAUUAAUGAAAAAGCUGACAGUGUUAAUGCAUACAUUGUUUUCAAAACAGAGCAAUCUGCUGAGGCUUCCUUAGCCCAUAACAUGACUGUGGUUGCAGGAAAUCACAUCCGUGUUGAUAGGGCAUGCCCACCAAGGAAGAAGUUAAAGAGGGAGAAUGCUGUACUUUAUGACAACAAGAGGACUGUGUUUGUUGGUAACCUGCCGUUUGAUGUGAAGGAUGAAGAAAUUUAUCAGCUAUUUUGCAAUAUAAAUAAUUUGGAAUCCAGUGUUGAAGCUGUCCGUGUAAUUAGAGAUCCUCAGUAUGGUAUGAGCAAGGGUAUUGCCUACGUCUUGUUCAAAACAAGGGAAGCUGCAAAUAUGGUUGUUAAGAAACGAACUCUGAAGCUUAGGGAUAGAGAACUACGGCUGUAUCAUGCCAGAACAGAUUCAACUCCAUCCAAGAGAAAGGACUCAUCAGGCAGAGAAAUUGCUAAUUCCCCAGCCAAGAAGUUUGUGGUGGAUUCAAGGACUUCCUCAGACAAUAAGAACAAAUCAAAUACAAAAGCUUCUAUGUCAUACCAGGGUUUGCGCGCAAGCAAAUCAGAUGUCAACAAGAAAGUUCAUUCAAAAGGCAACAGAUCCAUAAAAACAAAAUUUACUACCUCCAGUGGCGAGAAAUCACAGGACAGGAUGACAAAAAGGCCUGCAGUUGCAGCAAGAAAGGCAAAGGCAAAAGCAGGUGGUCUAAAACAAGCUGGUGUAAAACGCAAGCUAGACAGCCGUACUCCGGAGAGUUCUCACCAGAAGAAUUCCAAAAGAAGAUUUAGGUAGAAUGUUAAACCAGGCAUCUCUCCGAUAUGUUUGUUUUAUUAAUACAUGUACAUCAAAAUGCUUACUCACAACAGGAGAGUAUCCAUUAAUUAUUAUUAUUAUUAUUAUUUAUUUAUUUUUUGAUAUUUAGUAAUCAUAUUGGAUCUUGAUUAAUUUAAAAUUAAGUAGCGUCAAAUUU